GCCGCUGGCAUGCUGGCUCCUUCCAAGCAGCUGUUUUGGGUUUGAAAUUCCAACAUGGCAGAGGCUGCAGUCCGUCUUCCCUUCAAAAACUUGGAAUGAUUUCAAAUCCUAGGCACCUUCACUUAACCCCGGCUUCCAUUCAUCAGCAAACACCUCGGAUCGAUGCUGCGCUAACCCACCGGCGCUUCGCUCCGCGCGUUCAGGUUAAAUGAAUACCUGACGAAAGGGCCCACGUUUCAAGGCAGUGACAUUUGAUAGCUGAGAGGAAAAGUGGCUUUAAUGAAAAGCAACCUUUGGAAUUCCUGCUUGUGAGAAAUCCAAUUCAGCUUUUUGUGCUGCCAGCAAGAAAUGAUCAGUAGCACCAGUGUUUAUGGCUUGAAGAUGCAGUGGACGCCGGAGCAUGCGCAGUGGCCAGAACAGCACUUUGACAUCACCUCGACCACUCGGUCCCCCGCGCACAAGGUCGAAGCCUACCGCGGCCACCUGCAGCGCACCUACCAGUACGCCUGGGCCAACGACGACAUUUCUGCGCUGACGGCGUCCAACCUGCUGAAGAAGUACGCGGAGAAGUACUCGGGCAUCCUGGAAGGCCCCGUGGACCGGCCUGUGCUCAGCAACUACUCGGACGCGCCCUCGGGGCUGGUGAACGGUCGGAAGAAUGACAGCGAGCCCUGGCAGCCGCCGCUGAGCUCGGACGCCGUGUACCCCAUGAACUGCGUCCCCGAGGUCCUCGCCGCCGGCAAGGCCGGGGUGGCGCCCGCGCUGCCGCCCGCCGACGCCUCGGCCAGCAUCGGCAGCUCCCCGGGGGUGGCCAGCAACCUGGCCGAGCCCAGCUACUCGAGCAGCAGCUGCGGCAGCCACACGGUGGCCAGCCUGCACGCCGGGCUCCCGUCUCAGGAAUACGCCCCGGGCUACAACGGCUCGUACCUGCACUCGACCUACAGCAGCCAGCCGGCACCUGCACUUCCGUCCCCGCACCCGUCGCCGCUGCACAGCUCGGGGCUCCUGCAGCCGCCGCCGCCGCCGCCGCCGCCGCCGCCGCCCGCCGCCCUGGUCCCCGGCUACAACGGGGCGUCCAACCUGGCGGGCUACAGCUACCCGGCGGCCGGCUACCCCCCGCAGGCGGCCGUGGGCGCGGGCUACAGCCCCGGAGGCGCGCCGCCGCCGCCGCCCUCGGCCUACCUGCCGUCCGGCAUCCCCGCGCCCACCCCGCUGCCGCCCAGCACCGUCCCGGGCUACGCCUACCAGGGCCACGCGCUGGCGCCCCUCGCGCCCUCGGCGCUGGCGGGCGGCUCGGCGAGCUCGCUCAAGCGCAAGGCCUUCUACAUGGCGGGGCAGGGCGACCUGGACGCCGGCUACGCGGGCUACGGCUACGGCCAGCAGAGGUCCGCGCAGAGCCCCAUGUACAGGAUGCCCGACGGCGCCCUCCCGGGCUCGGGCCGCGGCGGCGGCUUCGACCGCGGCGCCGACCCCGCCGCCCUGGCCUUCAAGCCGGGCAAGCAGCUGCUGGCCCCCGAGCAGCCGCGCAAGUUCGGCGGCCAGCCCGGCCGGGCCCUGACGCCGCCCGCCUACGGCGCCGCCAAGCCCGGCCUGGGCGCGCGGCCCGGCGGCGACUCUUUCGGCAAGUACCCGUCGCCGGGCGUGGGCGAGCCCGGGGAGGAGCACCGGCAGCUGCUGCCGCACGGCCUGCAGGGCCCCGCGCUGCGCGCACCUACCUCAGCCGGCCACGCCGCCGACGAGCAGCUCAAGGGCGCCGAGCCGCACCUGCUGGACCUGGUGAGCAGCGAGAUCAUCGCGCAGGGCCCGCCGCUGGACUGGGGCGACAUCGCCGGCCUGGACCUGGUGAAGGCGGUCCUCAAGGAGGAGGUGCUGUGGCCCGUGCUCAGGUCGGACGCCUUCAGCGGCCUCACGGCCUCGCCGCGGAGCAUCCUCCUCUUCGGGCCCCGCGGCACCGGCAAGACGCUGCUGGGCCGCUGCCUGGCGGGCCAGCUGGGGGCCACGUUCUUCAAGAUCGCCGGCUCCGGGCUGGUGGCCAAGUGGCUGGGGGAGGCGGAGAAGAUCAUCCACGCCUCCUUCCUCGUGGCCCGCUGCCGCCAGCCCGCGGUGAUUUUUGUCAGCGACAUUGACGUGCUCCUGUCCUCCCAGGUGGGCGAGGAGCACAGUCCGGUCAGCCGGAUGAGAACGGAAUUCCUGAUGCAGCUGGACACUGUACUCACGUCAGCCGAGGACCAAAUCGUAGUCAUUUGUGCCACCAGUAAACCAGAGGAGAUCGACGAGUCCCUCCGGAGGUACUUCAUGAAACGACUCUUAAUCCCACUUCCCGACAGCACAGCGAGGCACCAGAUGAUAGUACAACUGCUCUCACAGCACAAUUACUGUCUCAGUGACAAGGAGUUUGCACUGCUCGUCCAGCGCACAGAAGGCUUCUCUGGGCUAGACGUGGCUCACUUGUGUCAGGAAGCGGCGGUGGGCCCCCUCCACGCCCUGCCAGCCACAGACCUCUCAGCCAUCAUGCCCGGCCAGUUGAGGCCCGUUACAUAUCAAGACUUUGAAAAUGCUUUCUGCAAGAUUCAGCCUAGCAUAUCUCAAAAAGAGCUUGAUAUGUAUGUUGAAUGGAACAAAAUGUUUGGUUGCAGUCAGUGAUGACUUCUUUAAAAAAAAAAAUGUAAUGAAUGUUGGCACACGCGCAUAAAACCUGCUACAUAGGGUAUAGAGCCCCUUUCCAGUAGUGUUUAAAUCGCAAAGGGUACUGGGGAAGAUGACGAUGGAGUUGCAUCUUUAGCGUCAGGGUAGAUUUGGAGGAAAAAAAAAAAAACGCAUCAAACGAGAGCUUCUGAUUUGAGAGCCCCAGAUACAGAAAGCAUCUGUCGAUGCUCAGUUCAGUUCAAGCUAGACAACGCUCACCAAGGAGCAAGGUGCAAGUGUGUUGAUUUCAGAAGGACAUGAACCUCGUGUGUUGAUUCCAUUCUGCUGUUCUCGAGAUUUAGUUGCUGUCAAGUGCCUGGAGUGGUGCUUUAUUUUUUGUUUGCCUCACAAUUACAUUGGUGGCAUGUGCUAAUAUAAAGAGCUUUAACUUCAAACAUUAUUGGACUAAAGAGAUGAACGGUUGUGUGACGACAGAAAACCAGAUUUUUGCCAUUUUAAGAGCAACAGUAUUCCUCAAUCCUGUCUGUUCUGCAGUACUAAGCUAAGAACAGGUAAAACAGGGUAACGGUAAUCUGGACCUUAAUUUCUGCAGUUCAUUUCUUUUAAUGUUCUUGUCUGCAAAAACUCAGGAAAGCGAUUGUGAUUUGUACAGUACCUCAAAGGAAUGUGUUGAAAGCACUAUGUACUGCUGAUAGUAAUGGGAUAGGCUUCAAUGUUACUUUAUAUUAAAAUGUAUGUUUACCUCAACAAUUGGAAAAAAGAGCAAGGAAAAUUACUUUGAAUGUAUCCGGAAAAAAAUACUGACGUGUGAUACAACCGAAUAUUUACAAUUUAAAGUAGAAAUGGAAGGAUUUUUUUUUUUAAAGAUUCUUUUACUAAUUAUGGGGAAUUAACCAGAGCAGAAUAAUCCUUUAUGUCAAAAACUGCAAGAGUUCUUCGUACAUUGCUCCUUGAUAAUGAAAUGAAAAUGUUCUUAAAAAGGUACACUGGUUAAUGGAAAGCUACUUACUCAGUUCAUGUUAGUGUCUAGAACACUCAGCCACAAGACCUGUGUAGGGCCCUGAAAGUCACAGUACCGAAAAACUAGG